AUGCUCAACGCUGUCAUUUUCUUUAUUGUUAUUUUUUUCUUCUCUCUAAGAUUAAUAGACUCAAAGGAACAAAAAAUCGAAAAUCUUCAUAGUCAAGAAAACGAAUCAAAGGAUCCAACCAUUGGGACCCCGCAAGAUCCCGUAGUUACCCAAUUACAGGAAAUAAUAAAUAGUGAAGAAGAAGAAAUUGAUAAAGAAUUUCUUGAUAUGGCGAGCGUGACCAAGGAUUCUGUAAUGGAGCCACAAUUGGAUCAAGAACUUCACGUCGAAGAACAACAAAUUGAACCCCAGGUGUCUGUUUCCACUAGUAAGGAACCAACGGACACUACUGAUAAUCAGGAUGCAAAAAUAGUUGAUCGUGAAUCGAUACCUGAUAAGACAUUAGAUAUUGAUGAGGCAUCCAAAAAAGAAGAGGUGCCACUAAAUAACAACGAGGGAACUGAAGAUUAUCUUGACUCAAAUAUACCAAACGAGAGCAAUACCGCCACUCUAAUUGCCUCUGAUUCCCCUGAUAUUUCUAAUGAUGUUUUACCAAAAUCAACUGCUGAUGUGAAUACAGACGGAAAUUCGAUAUCUGAUGAGCAAUCCCUACCAAAAUCCCCAUCUUUAUCUCCAUUGUCUUCAACACCUUCCACACCAGCUAGUUCUCAAACAAAGAAAAAAUUAACAAUGCAAGAAAGAUUGGCAAUUGCGGUUAAAGACAAGAAGAAAAAAUCUAAAAAGGGUAAAAAAUCAAAGAAGCUCGGUGUGCAAAAUGAAAUUGAGGCAGAAAUCGCUAAAGAGACAGAACCUGCUAAUCAUGACGCCGAACUUGAACUAAUUAAAAAACUUGAUGAUUCUGAAGCCCCAAACGAACAAGGUCAGACCGAAGAAUUGGUUGAAGGUGACAAAACAGUGGACUUGAAAGUUACGAAAAUAGAGGACAUGACAAAAGAGGAAUUACUUGAUCACUACCGUGCAACUACUGUCCAGUAUGAAGCUAAGAUAUCAAAUCUUGCAUCUCAACUUGAAAAUAAUAGAAGCGCGGAAAAAUCUGUUCAAUCAACAUCUCCAAUUGACGAACAACUUCGAAUUAAGGACGAACAGAUUGCAGGAUUAAUCGAGGAGGGUGAGAAAUUAUCAAUGAAAGAACUUAAAUACACAACAAUGAUUAAGAAUCUACGUUCCAAAGAUUCUCAGAGCCAAAGUGCAAUUGAAUCACUUGAAUCAAAAUUAUCAAAUUUAGAUCUGAAGCAUGCAGAAUUAAAAAAGGAAUUUUUUAGUUUAAAGGAAGUGUCCAAAGAAGAUAAAACCAAAUUGAAAGAUAUGAAACAUUUGGAAGCGAAUUACAAAGAUUUGCUGGACCGAUAUGAUAAAAUAUCUCAAGAAUUAACUGAACAUAAAUUCAAAAAUUAUGAAAAGAAGAUGAAUGAUUUGCAAGAAAAAUUGGCGGCAAAAAUUAAUACUGAGAAAGAAUUGAAUUUGAAAUUGGAACAAGAAAAAAUACAGGUAUCUUUAUUGAAAUCCACAAGUAAGAAAGAAGUCGAUGACUUGAAUUUGAAGAUUGAAGAUUUAGAGAAUUCAAAUAAAUCAAUGAAAGAAGAAUAUGAUUUAGAGAUUGCUCGACUUGAAACCAAAGUAGAAAAAUUGCGUUUUUCAAACGAGGACUCAAAAACUGACAGGUCAAACUCUACUGGCCCUGAUGGGGACUCCCAAAAUUCUGGCUCUAAUGGUAAUACGAAACAACUCAAGGCACAAUUGGCCGCACUUCAACAUCAAUAUCAAACCACUCUUGAUUCUCUUCAAACUCUCGAAUCAACUUAUUCGGCCAAAAUCACUACUUUGAGCCAGUCAUAUAAUACCCUUAAAAAAUCUGAAUCAGCACAAGCCAAAAGCUUGAAGAAGAUGGUUUCACAGUUGUCAGAAUUGAAAGAAGAACACGCAAGAGCUAUUGAAGCCUCAUCAACUCACGAGGUUGAAUUGGCGGAAAUGAGAAAAGAAGUAAGUUUGAAGCAAGAUGAGAUCAACACUUGGAGAGAAAAGUACGAAGAAUUGAAGCAAAAACACCAGGAAUCAACAAUGCAGUUGGAAAAGAAAUUGUUGAAGGUGGAAAUGGAGUUACAAAAAAUGAGAGUUAUCGCACCGGAUGACAACAAUUCUACAAUCAAUAUUCACAAUAAUGGAUCGUCUUCCUCUUUGCUCAUGGAUGAAGAUGGACAACUCGAUACAUUGCGUUCUGGUCAAAGCGCUUCUACACAGUACUUAACAACCCAUCUUAGUCGAUCUCUGGAAUUAUUGUCCCCGCUGCAAUUCUCAUUUUGGAACGGCAAUGCUUCAAACGGGAAUGCCAACUGGAGAUCUCCAGAAGUGAGAUCUCCUAGUAUGACUUUCAACCUUCCUGUUCUGAGGGGAAAUGAGAGCAAUAGUUUCAAUUAUGGUAACAUAAAUGGCAUUAGAAGAGAUCUGCUUCAUGGUGCUGCUAUGGCUGGAGAUGGCACUAACAGUACGAUUAAUGGGGUUGAUCGGGAUUCGAUCUCGCUAAAUUUUGAAACCUCUUCGAAAUUUGAUUCAGUGUCCCAACAAGCGUCGCCAUUUCUUACUUCUCCUAAUCCUGCCGGCGGGCUUGUUCCAGGAUCUGGAGGAGGGCAAGGUCCAACCGGAGCCACCAUUCAAUUGAUUGGUAAGCUUAGCUCCAAACUCUCUAGAAUAGAAACAGAAUUGUCUACUACAAAAGAGGAAUUGAAAAAAUCGUACCGAGAAAAAAACGAAUUGAGUAGUGAAAUGGUGCAAAUGAUGGAUCAAAUAGCAGAAGUUGAGACGAUUCAAGAAAGGAACCGUGAUUUGGAACAAAAGGUCAACGAGCUAGAAAAAAGAGAAAAAGUCAGCUUGGAAGUAUUAGGAGAAAAGAGUGAGAUUGUGGAAGAAUUACGAUGCGAUGUGGCAGAUUUGAAGGACCUAUUAAGACAACAGGUGGAGCAAAUGAUUGAGAUGCAGCAGCAAAAGUAG